AGUUAUUUAAUACAUGUCAAAUAGCUGUACACAUCUGUGAUUUUGUAGAAUAUUUAGUAAUAAUUGUUAAAAUAAAAAAAUAAAUAUUUUACACAAUCUCUUAAUAAAAAAAGUUUUUGGUAUUAGGAACAUUUAUGGUAAUACCUCCUUAUAUAAAAAUAAUUAAUUGAAUCACGUAAGCAAAAUGAAAGGAGUCUUGGUUGAGUUAACCAAAAUUUUACUCACAGAUGGUUGCUAACCAGACAUUGAUAAAACGCUCUUUAAACAGACGACUGCACGACAGCGAAGUUUUCUUGUCUGCAAAUGGCGUCUUGAAGCCAACUUCACAAACAUUUUGCAGACGGCAGCGAUAUGUCACACAGCUAAUUUUAUAUGUGGUUUGACGUUUCUGCUUUUGUUAUUUGUAGAAAUUGGUUAUUUUUAAUCUAAAAAAAUAAAUUAAACAUGAGCCAUCAGGAAAAGGUAAUUAAUUUUGCGACGACGAUUGCUAAAAUUGCGCGUAUUACAAAUAUAGCUAAUGAACUGUACAAGGAGAUCCAUGGCAUCCAUCCAAGCAAUCGAAGGAGUCAAAAACAAGGAUUUUUUAAAACUUGCAUUAAGCAGCUUAAAGAAAAGAAUGAUAAGCAUUUUUUUAAAACAACUUGGAUGAACAUUUCUAGCUUUAAUUUGUUGUUGUUAUUAUUAAAACAUCGAAUGGAACGAUUUUCUAAUAGAAAGGCAGUUGAGCCCGAGACGCGUUUGGCGGUAACAUUAAUGUUCUUAGAACAAGGAUGUAAUUUCCAUGUGAUUUCUAUGGCUUUCAAACUAGGAAUUUCAACAGUUCGGAAAGUAAUAUAUGAAACAUGUGACGCUAUUUGGGAUGAAUUACAUGCUGUAUAUUUGUCACUACCAAACUCACGCGAACUUAGAGGCAUUGCAAACAAGUUUUAUGUUAAAACUGGCAUGCCGAACUGCUUGGGAGCUAUAGAUGGGAAGCAAAUUCAUAUAACAAACCCAAAGGACAACGGAUCUAUGUACUACAAUUACAAGAAAACAUUUAGCAUGAUAUUAAUGGCAGCGUGUGAUGCUAAUUACGUGUUCACAUAUGUAGACGUCGGUGCUCUAAGAUGCCAAAGUGAUGGUGGAAUACUUGGCCGCAGUGCCUUUGGAAGGAAAUUACUGAAUGGCACUCUAGAAGUUCCCUGUAACACAAACUUACCGGGUACAUCGACUAGCUUUCCUUAUUAUUACGUCGCCAGCAGUGCGUUUCCACUAAAAACAAAUUUAAUGCGACCGUUUCCUGGCCGCCAUUUAACAACAGAUAAAGACAAAUUUAACUUAGCGUUGUCUAAAGCCCGACUGCAUAUAGAAAACGCAUUCGGAAUUUUGGCCAAUCGAUGGAGAGUACUGCAUACAACAAUACAUGCUUGCCCAAAGAAUGUAGAAAAAAUAGUUUUAGCUACGGUAGUACUUCAUAACUUUUUAAUGUUACAAAAUGACAGGAACUACUUCACCCUUGAAGUUGCCGAUCACUCAGUAGACAACCAAGAAAUACACGGCCGUUGGAGAGAAGUAAAGUCUCUUGAAUCGUUUCAACCAAAAACUGCUAAUCGCUCAUCUACAAGCGCAUUCCAAUUACGUGAAAAACUAAAGGAAUUUAUUUCAAGUAAUACUUCAUAAUAAUAAUUAUAUUCAUAUAAUACUAUAUUUGUCAAUAAAACACAAAGCUUCUUUUAUAUUACAAAA